GAAGCGCUGGUGGGGAUUACUGGGCGCCCCACCCCGUGGUUUCCUGGUCCCCUUCCCUCAACCAGGAAACGGAAUGGGCCGGGAGGAAGAGAGUUAAAAGCUGUGCCGGCCGCCAGUCCAAGGCAGAGGGACAGGCGGGCGGGCGGAGGGGAGGCAUGCCAGGUGGCUGAGAAGCCAGGUGGACAGGGGAGCACUGACUGGCCGCAGGUGACAACACAGGCAGGUAGGCUGACAGAGAUAACAGACACAGGCAGGCUGUACCGGCCAAGGGCACAUGGAGCACCCAGCAGGCAGAGAGACAAGAACCUGGAGGUGGCCAGCCAUGGGGCCCAGCAUUCUUGUGCUCCUGUGUGUUAUUGGGCUCGGCCAUGGAGCCUCGGAGAAGAUUUAUAACGGCACGGAGUGCGACCCUCACUCGCAGCCCUGGCAGGUGGGGCUGUUUGAAGGUGCCAACCUGCGCUGUGGGGGGGUCCUCAUUGACCGGAGGUGGGUCCUCACGGCUGCCCACUGCAGCGGCAGGUACUGGGUGCGCCUGGGGGAGCACAGCCUCAGCCACCUGGACUGGACCGAGCAGAUCCGGCGCAGCUACUUCUCCGUGACCCACCCCGGCUACAAGGGUGCACAGAGGAGCCACGAGCACGACCUGCGGCUCCUGAGGCUGGGCACCCCCGCCCGCCUGACCCGCAGCGUCCAGCCCCUGGCCCUGCCCACCUCCUGCGCCGCCGCUGGCACCGAAUGCCACAUCUCCGGCUGGGGCACCACCAACCGGCCGUGGAGCCCAUUCCCAGACAAACUGCAGUGCCUCAACAUCUCCAUCGUCUCCAGCGCCAUUUGCCGAGCCGUGUUCCCCGGGAGAAUCACAGACAACAUGGUGUGUGCAGGCGGCAACAUGGGAAAGGAUGCCUGCCAGGGUGACUCCGGCGGCCCCCUGGUGUGCAGAGGCGUCCUUCAGGGCCUGGUGUCCUGGGGAUCCGUGGGGCCCUGCGGCCAAGAAGGCAUCCCGGGAGUCUACACCAACAUCUGCAAAUAUGUGGACUGGAUCCUGGGGGUCAUCAAGAACAACUGAGGGCUCCCUCUACCUCCCCCCCUCCCCGCCCCGCUCCUCGGUUUGGGGGGCCGCUCUGACCCCCCGGAG